ACAGUUUUCUCCGGAGCUUUGGAAAACGUGACGCUCCCAUUCUAUUUCCAAACUUCAUGAUGCCCAUGUGUAUGUUGUUAGAUUGACUUAAUCAAGUUAGAAGAAACUGUGUUUUAACAUUAUAUACAAGAAGAGGCGUCGGUAAAGACCAGCUAAGCUGCAGUAUUGUUGGCGACGGGGAGGAUGGACACGACUUCUUGUUUCCAUGGAGACGCGGAUUUCUGCCCGGAGUGCGGGUCCGUCCUGCCGCUCCCGGGACUGGAGGACAAAGUGACGUGUCAGCGGUGUGCAUUCGCCAUUGACGUGCACGAGUUUGAGGUUCAUGUUAUCAAGUCCUCAGUGGUGUUUAACAGCCUGGAGUCUUCCUCUGCUGCCAUGGAGACAGAGGAAGAGGUAGAAAAGGGCCCUGUGAUUGAUCGGAAGUGCUCUCGCUGUGGUCAUGAAGGCAUGGUGUAUCACACGAGACAGAUGAGAUCCGCUGAUGAGGGACAGACUGUCUUCUACACCUGUACUCACUGCAGAUAUCAAGAAAAAGAAGAUUCCUGAUCGUCAUUUUUCUGUUUUUCAACAUGCUUUGUAUUGUUCACUAAACAACUGAUCAGUUCUGAAAUGUAAUCCUGUGUUUUUAGCAGACUGAUCUGGGAAUCAAAUGUACUGUCAGAGACCCAGCAUGCAUCCUCUGUGUUUUGUAGGUGCAUCCCAUGAUCUUGCACAUGGGAAAUUUGUCAUUUAUUUGUAAACCCGGUGUUCAUCUAAACAGAAACAGCAGUAGAAAAUGAUGCAAAACAUGUACACGCGUGAUAAGAUAUUAAACAGGUAAGAAACUAUGGCUUAUAUUUUCAAAGCGUUCGAUUCUAAUGUUACACAACAUGCAGUGUUGUCAGAUCACCCCUUCUGAUUUGAAUUGUAUAUAAAGUUUUUAGUUGGCGGAACAGGUUUUCUGUUUUCUUUAUUUUUUCUUUGUCUUUGGCUCUUCUUAUAGGACAACAAGCAACAAAUUGCCCACGAUUGAUUGGAUCUGUUUUCUGCCCAUCAGCCAGUAGCUAUGACAACGUCAGCCAGUGUUCUACAGGCACUGUCUGAAAGUAACUGCUAGUUUUCCCUUCCUAUGUCUUUUGACAUUUCUUGGUGUUUCCCAGCUAACUACUGGGGGACUUUAGACACAGAAAACAAAGAGCUGGAUCCAGCCCAAACCUCAUUCCUCGAGACUGAAACACCCAGGUUAAUGCAUGAGGUUUCACAGCCAUGUGUAACAGCCAGGGCCUCUCAUGUUGUGAAUGUGUUUUGGAAGCUGUACAUUAAAAUGGUGGUGCUGGUGCCAAGCAUUGAAGCUUCUAGAUUUCAUAAU